AUGAAGUGGUUCUUUCUGACAAAUCCCGAAAACAAGAAAUGGGUGGAAGCUCAAGAGAAGCGUCACAAAGCCGAACAGAACGUUAAGGACGUUUCACGUUUGGUAUGUCGUGAAAUGUUUCCAGAACUUCACCCUGAAACUAUCGAGUUGGGCUCGGAGGCAAGCUCUAGCUCUGCCCUGAAGGAGAUUGUGAUUGAGGCUCGUCAGCGGCAACUUCACCGUACAUUGAUGAAGGAGCUCUUGAAAUCCUUUACAACAACAGGAAAACAGACCAUUGCUCCGUAUCGUACAAGGACUUGGGAGCAGAAAUCGAAAGCCAUAUUUUUUUACUUUCACAGGUCUUUAGGAAACAUGAACCAAGAACUAUGCUCUCUCUUCUCGAUCAACGUCAUGAACUUUCAGAAUUGGAUCAAGCGAAAAAGGUAUUUCGGUAAAUGUUUCCACUAUGUUGAGGCUUUUAAAGUCUCUGAUAUCCUUUCCGACGUGCCUGCCACAUAUCGAAAGGAUUACGAUGAUGUGGACGCUUCCAGCCAGGUGCAAAUCGAUUCAAAGUUUUGCAAUUCCACUCCAGUGAAAUACGCCCAGCAAGAAGAAUUCCUUAUCUCGACUGUGGUGAUGAAAUGGGAGACAUGCAACCCAUUGAGCAAAUCGGCAACCUACGAUCUGCUCAUCUCAACGUUUGGUCAUGAACAGGAAGCGGAACGCACUGAAUGGGAGGUGAAGAUGAAGAUCUAUUCAAAGUGUAUAUCUCCAAGCCUUUCGCAAUGGGUCGCCAGAGUUCUUGAGAGACAUCGGUUUUUGAUUCCGAAGGAAUCAAUCUCCCAAACAGUUCCUUUCACUUGGUUACAAAUUUGUUUGGAUACGAUCUGUAACAUCAUGCGAUUUGCUGGUGUGACCCGUUUGGUCAAUGCCAACGAAAUGUUUCUUCAAUUCUACCCGAAAGAAACCCAUUUGAUUGCUCCAACGAAUGUACGACGAGUUGGUUCCAACCGAGCCAAGGAUGCCAAGAAAAGGUGCACUUUGAUUGAGGCAUGCGAGAUGUUCCAAACUCAAAUCAUUGCCUUUAUGAUUAUCAUGACUGGCCAGCUUGACGGGACGCUUUCAAGACGAUUAUUUUCUUCGGAUGGGCCUAGCAAAGUCACGUUCCAUCCAAAGCAUUGGAUGGACAAAGACGAGUGCUGCAUUUACUUGGAAUAUUUGGCGUCGUGUUAUGCAGGCGAGAAGGUUGGUUUGAUUUGGGACGCGGCUUCUAGCCAUUUUUCAGAUCAAGUCAAAGAGAAAGCUGCUGACCUGAACAUCACGUGGGGAUGUAUUCCUCUUGGGUGCACUAGAUUGAUUCAAGUAUGCGAUCUGAUUGCCAACAAACCGAUCAAACAGGCCUUCAAAACGCGCCACGUCUCGUGGAAGAUUGCCUCUAAUCGUGAUCCUAGAGGCAAAUACAAGGUCGAUCAAAAGGACGUCAUUUCUUGGCUAGAACAAUCGAUCGAAGAUGUAAAUGCCAGCAUGUCGACUUGCUCAGAGGUUGCUAAGGUCUUUGUUACCUACGACAGGAUUUUCGUUGUGCAAAUCAGUCUGCACUAA